GUCCGUUGGCGCGGAGUACGGUUUGUAAUGCUGAGACUUUACGCCUCGGGUUGCAAGAUGUAAAAGAAGCGGCUGGUAGAAGUGGGGGUGUCAUCGGAAUGAGCCGGCGAAGGAAAUACGGGGACAUCCCUAUCCUGAAGAACACGCCGUACAAAGCGGCCGCGGCCGAGGAAUGCAACUCGGUGAUCGAGCCGGGGAGGCGGCGCCCGAGGUCGGCCCGCCGCUCGGGGCUCCGCGUGGCGGGAGAGGGGCCUCCCGGGCCGGGGCGGCCGCAGGAGCAGCGCCCAGCAGCCGCUUCGUGCAGUAAAAGUAACCCCGAGGAAAAGUAUGAAACACCAAGGCAAGUGCUGAAAAUGGAUUUAUUAUCAUGUACAUUCAGUUCUCCAAAUGAUCCAGAUGGACAGAAUGACAUCUUUUGGGAUCAGAAUUCUCCAUUGACCAAACAGUUAGGUAAAGGAAGAAGAAAACAGAUUUAUUCCACAGAUAGUGAUGAGAUUUCACGUAUUGUUAAUCGUAUUGCUCCUCAGGAUGAAAAACCAACAACAGACUCCAUGCUGGGUGUGUGGAUUGGUGACACUGCUAUUCCUUGUACUCCCAGUGUAGCAAAAGAAAAAUCAAGAGUAAAAAUCAGCUGUACAAAGUUAAAAACACAAAAUCGAGAAAAAGAACUUAUAAAAUUGGCUGAGCAGUUUGAUAAAAAUAUGGAAGAGCUAGAUGUGAUUCAAGUGCAAAACAAGAGGAAUCGAUUUAUCCAGAUGAUUUCAGAAACAGAGACUUUACAUAAUUGUAAAGAUUAUGUAUACAUGCAGUCAUUAUGUGAUACAGUUCCUGAAAUAGAUAAUGCUAUAAUGAAGAAAUCAAUGAAAGGAAAUACAAGGACAUCUGUGGCAAAUGACCAAAACUGUAUUCACAAACCAUUUGACCAAAAUGCUGAAGCGGCCUUUAAUGCCAUUUUUGAUGGUUCUACUCAGAGAUGUAGUGGGCUGCUAAGCCAAGACCAGUCAGAUGCUCUUUUGAACAACAGUAGUACUGUCUUUGGAACAAACAGUUCUUCAAAAGAGGAGAAAAUCAUUACAAAUGAAACUCUUGUCACUGAAAAACUGCCAAAUAAAGUCCCAGUAUCGCUUUCUUCUCAAUUAGAUGCUCCCAUAAUGACAAAGUCUUCUGUGACUCCCUCCACUAAGGAGCCAGAAGCUUCUAAUAAGCACAUUGAUGCAUUUACUACUAAUGAUUUUGAAGAUGACUGGGAAAGCUUACUAAGUAAUGAACCUCUUGUUAUGCAAAAUGUUGAAAAGCUUGAACUCUUCCCUUCUAAAACUGCCCAAGUUACUGAUCACAAGGGAGUCUCUACCUUUAUUAGUAAAAAUGAUAAAAAUAUGGUAAGAGCAAAAAUAAAUCUAAAUGUCAGGUUAAGAGAUCAAAAAAUGUUACAGGAUGUUCCUUCAAAGACACGUAACAAACAACUAAUAGAUGCUGGAGAAAAUAGAUGUUCGCCAGAUCUAAACAAUAAAUCAAGCAAACUGCCUUUUACAGGAAAUAAAAUGAAAUUUGAGAAAUCUUCCAGAGAUGCUUUUAUUCAAAACAAAAGUCAAGAUUGUAUAGUUGAAUGUAACCUGACAAAAGUAGAAGAUAGUCAUACUAACUUUACUUCUAGUGUAUGUGCUUCUGCAGACAGGUCUGCUUUGAGAACAAGAUGUCCUAAUGAACAAAAAAAUCAGCCCAUUUUUAAUCAAUCUUUUAAAGAACCUAUUAAUAUUGAUUCUUUUGGCUCUGCAGCCUUGGUCAAUGAAACCAGUGUUAGUCACUCAAAUCAGACUACUGCAUCAAAAUUAGGUUCUUUUUUUGAUGAUUGGAAUGAUCCAUGUCUUGCCAAUGAAAUUAUUAAUGCAUGUCAUCAGUUAGAAACUACCUGGGAAGCAGAUGACGUAGAUGAUGAUUUAUUAUAUCAAGCAUGUGAUGAUAUUGAAAGACUAACUCAGCAACAAGACGUUGUAAAGGACAGUGAGAUGUCAAAAAGUAUUCUUGAAAUCAAUAAUAGUUCUAAACAUGGAGCCAGAAACUUGUCUAUUCCGUCUAAAGAAGGAAGUCAUUUGGUGCAAUCAAAGUAUUUGAAUCUGGGUAGCAUUUCAAUGCAAACAUCUUUGAUAAAUAACUCACAAAUAAAUAAAUCAAUGAGGAUGGAGAAAAUGGAAACAUGUGGAAAUUCUCCAGCUCUUUUGGAUGCUACAACAAAUUUGACUAUGUACUCUAAGAACUCAAAUUGCCAGAUAAACAAUCUGCAUGCCGCUUGGAGUAACACUAGUGUCCCAAUACAAGUGAAUAGUUCCAAAUCGGUUCUUGCAGAAAGUUCAAGUUUGAAUGUGAGUUCAGAUCAUAUGAACACAGAAAUAGCUACUAAUAAGAAAUUGAGUACCCAGCAACUAUCCCAUUGGACUAUAACGGAUGAAGCUCAGAAUGGCCUUAACAAAACAGCUAGAUUUCCAAAGUUUGCAUUUACAAAGAUGAAAAAUUCUCAGACUCUUUCUCAGUUUAAUCAAAAUUGUUUAGCAGGAAGCACCCCCACUACCAAAAUUUCACAGGGUUUGGAGAAAAAGAAAACGUCUGUUAACUCAUUACUUGGAGAGGCUGAUCAGCAGCAAUCAUUGGUAAAAGUUUCUCAGCCUUUGAAGCAAUCUCCCAAAGGUAUGUAUGAAAUAGUUUUCUUUGAGAUGUACCAUCUUGAAAAGUAGUAAAACUAGUUGCUUCUUGUUUUUAGUGUAACAUACAAGGUA